UUCCUCUUUUAUUAAAAAUCCAGAAAAUUCACAAAAACAAUUUAAUUCAAAACUUUUGAGAGAAGGAAUUUACUCUUCCCUAUCACGCCUCUCACAAUUUUUCGAAGGCCCACAGUUUCGGUUGAGUGCCUCAGAAGAACCUGUACUUGAUAAAAUACUCCCACCAAGAUGGGAUCCAAUGUCCUCAACUUUAUAUGCCCUAUCUAUUUUGACAACAACUGGUUAUGCCUCAGCAACACCAAUGACUCCAUUCGGUCAAUGGUUGUCUAUAGGCUAUGGAUUGUUGGGAAUUCCAUUAACUGUUUUAGCUGCUGUAGAUAUUGGCCGUUUUUUGUCAGAUGUUGUAUUAGCUAUAUAUGAUAGAAUUUUGCGUACUUUUCGUCGUUUACGUAAACUUUGCUGUCGAAUACGCCGUCGGCGUACAGGACCAGUUACUUUACAAAAUAUAGAAACAAAUUUAGCAUUUAAUACAUCACUACAACCUUCACUUGCCAAUCGACGGCGACAUAAACAAUUGUUUUUAUUUUUUUAAAUAAAAGUUUUUAAAUUAAAAAGGGUUGUAAAUGCAUUACCAAAUAAAAACAAACAAAAAUCUAAAAGCAAUGAAAGUGUGAAAAAUGAAGAAACUAAACGUCGUCUUCCUUUAUCUGUUAAUGCUGCAAUUUUAUUAUUGUUUUGUAUGCUUGGUGGUUGGGUUUAUAUGGCAGCUGAUGGAAGUGGACAUAAUUUUAUUGAGGCA